CCUCCGAAUCAUCCAGGAGAAACGUGGACGCGAUUCGUUUGCAUCUCUGACACGCAUUCCAAGACCAAAUGGACCUGGAGCAUCCCAGAUGGCGAUGUUCUCAUUCAUGCAGGGGACCUCUGCCGCGACGGCAACCUGUAUGAUCUCAAGCUUACUAUGGCGUGGUUAAGGAGACUACCUCAUCCACAUAAAGUGAUUAUCGCUGGAAAUCACGAUUUAUGUUUGGACAGCACUUGGGCGAAAUCGCGGCGCCAUCGAGGUGCCACAGGUAUAUCGCUAGCCCAAGCACAGUUGACAGUAACAGACGAAGCCGCCACUGAAGCCGGCAUACACUACCUAGAACAUGAAGCAGUCUCAAUCACUACCUCACAGGAUAAGACAUGGAAGUUCUACGGCUCGCCAGCAGCCCCGCGCUACGCAUCUGGUGCCUUCCAGUACCGAACUGCGACAGAAGCAGACCAAAUAUAUAGUCGCAUCCCAUCGGAUACUGAGAUCCUUCUCACCCACACACCGCCCUACGGCAUCCAGGACGAAACGCUCAAAGGUGUCCACGCCGGAUGUCCCCACCUCCGGGCCAAGAUGGACGCACUUUCAAGCUGCCGGUUGCAUGUUUUCGGACACAUUCACGAAGGGCAUGGGGUCGAUAUUAACAGGAUAGGA